GAAUGGUCGCUCGGGACCGGUUUGCGAGCUCGCCCCUGUAAGCCGCACACGCUCGCAAUGGGUGCCCUGCAGGACUCAGGAAUCGUGAGCAGUUUCAAGGAAGAUGAAAAGGCCGCUCUUCGAGAAUCUUGGGACAUUUUUAACAAUAGCCACCAAGAUGCAGGGGUCAAAAUUUUAGCGAGGUUCAUUAUCAACAACCCCGAGGCGAAGAAAUUCUUUCCCAAGUUUAAAGGCCUCGAAACGGCCGAGGAAUUGGAGAAUUCAGCGGAGGUCCGCGUCCAUGGCGACAAGAUCCUGGCGGCCGUGCACCAAGCUGUGCUCAAUCUGGACGACCCCGACAAGCAGAAGAACAAGCUGAAGGACCUGAGCACAUCACACGCUCAGCAAUUCAACGUCGAGCCCGCCUACUUCAAGACGUUUGCAGAAGUCAUCCUGAAGUACGUGACCGAGACGUGCGGCAAGAGCUUUACCUCCGAGAUGCGUACGUCUUGGUCAAAGCUGCUGAGUCUGAUCAUCAUCGAGCUGCAGUCGGCCUACUAGGCACGGCUCCACGGUGCCUCCGUUCCACAGCGCUGCCUCGGAAGCCUCUCUUGGCCACCCCGAGUGGCGUCUUUACAUUACAUAUUUUGUCACGUUUUCAUUUAAAAAAAAUUGUGCAUUCCAGCUCAUUUGUAACUUGUAUUUGUUGAAAUGGUUUUGGAGCAGAACUUGAUUGUCCUUGUGGUGAUAAAUGGUUUAUAGAAAUAAAUAACACUGA